AUGACUAAUACAAUUCAAAAUGUAUCAUUAUGUGUUGAUAAUAUACAGAUCCCUUCAAUGAUAUCGGAAUUAUCAUGGAUGAAUCAAUCGGAUUUAUGUUCAGGAAUAACAACUAUGAAGAUGACGGAGAUAGCAGAAACAGCGACGACAACGAUGACAACAACAACAACAACAACAACAACAACGUCAUCAUCGUCAACUUCAUCUACAUCUUGUAGUGAUUAUCAUUUUGAUGGAUCACAUCAUUUACAUAUGUUAUUUCGAUAUCCUCAUAAAUAUAUAGGAAAAAUUCCAAAAAAUAUACCUAAAUUAAAACAGAAUCAAGAAUCAGACUUAAAAUAUCAUCAAAUACAAUCCAAUAAUGAUUUACGUAUAAAACUUGAACGUGAAUUAUCUCAAAAAGUACGUCAAGCUGUAAAAACUCCACCACGUGAACGUAUUAUUCGUAGACGUUUAAAUGAAUUUCAUUAUGAAAUAAAUAAACGUUUAAAAAAUGAAGAAAAGAAAAAACAACUUGUCAUACAAAUGAAUGAUAAAUUAAAUUUCAACGUAACAACAAAUACUACUAAUACAAAUAUAAGUAGUUUAAAUAAUAUGAAUAAUAUAAAUGAAAUGGAUUUACGUAUGCAUCCAGAAUCAUAUUAUCAACAUUUAAAUUGGUCUAAAAAAUCUAAUAUAAACAUGAAUAGUCAAAGUAUAUUAUGGAAUAAAAAGUCUGGAUUAUCAAAGAAAGAGAUAAACAAUUCAACAUUUGUGCCUGUUACCGAAAAUAAUCAUGAAAAUAGUUACUGUGAUAAUCAAAUUUCUUUAGAUAGUAAUGAAGUGCAUAAGAAUGAAGAUAAAUCUGAUAGUAAUCAAUCAUCAUUAUACUACUUAAAUAACAAUUCUAUUAAAUCCUAUUUACAUGAUCAUCAUUCAUUUAAUAAACCGCUCAAUAAUGAUUCAUUUAUCAAUUGUAUAUCAAAUAAUACUACUUAUUCAAAAUAUCUAAUACAUAAAUUACAUAAUUAUAAAAAUACCAUUCUAAACUUAAAACAAUCCUUAUUACCUAUUUCAUCCAUUCAUCCAUCAACUUCUAAUCAUUUAGAAUAUAAUCAUGAAUAUGAUCAAUUAUUAAAUGAUACAUUUACAUUUGAUUGGAAUAUAAAUGAAUCAAAUGUUGAUCGGGAUCAAUCUAUUGAUAAUGAUCAUAAUGAUGAUCGUAAUGAUGAUGAUCUGGAUCAUACUAUAACUAAUCAUAUACAUAAAUAUUAUCAAAUGAGAUCUAGUUAUUUAACUGAUGAAGAUAUACAAUUAAUACAUAAAUAUUAUGAGAAAUUAUAUAAGAAUAAGAGGAUAUUAGAUAGAAUGAAUAGAAAAUUAGUAAAGAAUCAUUUAUGUACACGUCAAUCUAUUAUGGAAAAAUUUGGACGAUUAACUGAUGGUGAAAAACAAUGGCUAGCAAUAGAAUCCAGGACACGCGUUUCAUCCCAUUUGGGACUCAUCAGCUGGAUGCAACCGCAUCUUAGAGUUAACUUAAACUUCACCCGAUUGAACAAGCAAGUGGCUAUCAGGACUCAAUGGCUAAAUCAAUGUGUAAAUGUAAGCUUUAUUUUGACCUAUGAACUAUUAUUAUACAAUUUACCAUUCUUGAAUUAUGCCCCGUCUAUCAAUUACUAUCUCCCAUAUUCACAGCCACCUUUGGCUAAUUCUUGUACAAAUGUUGUUUCCUAUUUUAUGGAACGAAGUGGUCUUCUGUUUGAAAUAAACGAUUCAUAUUGCAGAAGCUCCGAUUGGUGUUCUGGACUUAGCUGGCUGGGCAAGGCGGAAAGCGGGACCAAUAGGACUCUAGAGUGCUCGUAUGGGGCUUUAUGCAUCAUUGGUCCGAUCGAUAAUUCACUACUCUCUAAUUGGGGCGAUAUCAUUAUUGGUACUAGAGCAGCUUAUCUAAUGGCUACAAUUCAAUCUCAAUAUAAAUUACCUGAUGGUACACAAUAUCGUUUAAUGAAUCAAUCAACUAAUAAACCAUUAGAUUAUGUAAUAAUCAAUAAUUCAUUUAUUGAUCAAACAAUAAAUGAUUCUUCUUCUUCUUCUAAAGUUAAUAAUUUUAAUAAUGAUAAUACCCAGACAACAAAUUGUUCAUUCAAUACACUUCCUACAUUGAUCGAUUGGAAUGCAGUUGUUCGUGAUAGACAUGGACCAUUUUGGCCACAAAAUUAUGGACCUAUCUGUCAAACAUUAUCUAAUUUACAUAUAGAAACAAACAAUUCGAAUGAUUCUAAUGUUAAUAAACCAACCAUUCCUGAUUAUACUGAAGAGAUGAAUCAACUAAAAAACAAGCAACCUUAUUUCAAAGAAAUACGAGUUAUUUUCGAUUCAGAAUGUAGUCCUUGUUUAUCAGGAACAUUGAGUACAUCAAUAUCAUCUCCCUUAGAUAUAAAGCAGUUAGUUGAAGAGUUAACCAACGAUCAACAAUGGACACCGCCAUGUUUAGUCUUUGAAUCGAGAUUUGAAUCAGGAAAUCUACGGCAAGUUAGACGAAUAGGACCAUUUCAUUAUGAAUUAUUAUUAAAACCGGAUCUAUAUACAAAACGUCAUGUACAAUGGUAUUUUUUUCGUGUACAAAAUAUACUUCCUGGUUUUAUUUAUACAUUUCUUAUUGUAAAUUUUACAAAACCAACAAGUUUAUAUUCACAAGGUUUACAACCUUUAUUGUAUUCAAAAAUGAAUUAUCAACAAAAUGGUAAGAAAUGGAUACGUGUUGGAAGAAAUAUCAAAACUACUACAACCAUCAUCGAAAAGGUACAAGUAUUUAUAAACAAUUGUUUACGUAAGAUAUUCAAUACCAGUCGAACAGAUACCGUCAACAACAACCUACUAUGGGGUAGAACAAACAAGCUUCCAUUUGAAGAGGAAAUUAGGAAAAGAUAUUGGAAAUAUACACGUAAUACAAUGAAUUUAUCCAAUCACUUACUUGAUACAAAUAGUGAAUAUUAUCAAUUGGAAUGGGAAAUGGAAUUUCCUUAUGCCAAUGAUAUUUGUUAUUUGGCCUAUUCCUAUCCGUACACCUAUACAAAUUUAAAAUCUGAUUUGAAUGAAUUACUUAUUAAAUCAAAUGAAAAUGAAACAUUGAAUAAAACAAUUAAUUGUGAAGUAUUAUGUCAAACUAGAGCUGGCAACUCAUGUUUCCUGGUUACAAUUACUGAUCAAAGGAGAGAUUUAAAUCGUAAUUAUCGUCAACCAAAAAAAGAUGUAUUUCCAACUGUAUGGACAGUGAAACAACUUGUGAAAUGGUGUAAAAAAACAUAUAAAGAUGUUAUUUAUUGUGAUAUGCAUGGACAUAGUCGACGGAAUAAUAUAUUCAUGUAUGGUUGUGAUCCAUUAUAUAGACAUUCUAAAAUAUUUAAUAAUACUAAGAAAUCUUUACAUGAAAGAAUACUUCCAUAUAUCAUAUCUCAACAGGCCACUUCGUAUUUUUCAUUUCCAAAUUGUCGAUUCACUGUUCAUCCAAGUAAAGAAUCUACAAGUCGGGUGGUAUUUUGGAGAGAAUUUGAAGUGAUCAAUAGUUUCACAUUAGAAGCAACAUUUAAUGGUUCAACUUUACAAAAUAAUAGUUUAAUGAAAUUUGAAGUGGACGAUUUUAUGAAAAUGGGUGAACUAUUAGGAUAUUCAUUAUAUAAAUUUUAUGAAGUAUUAUGUAAUCCAUUAAAACUUAAAGAAACUCUAAAGAACUUAGCACAACAAACGCUUACCAAUUUAUGGAUGACAAAAAUUCCAUUGACACCUGAAAAUACAAUAUCUGAAGAACAUAAAGGUAACAUUUUGUGUAAUCUAUAA